AUGACAAAAGACCCGUUAGCACCGCGUCUUUACGAAGAUUUCUUCGAAGAAGUCGAGCAAAUUGCAUUGUUCAAGUACAACGGAUUGCCACAUUGGGGUAAAAAUCGUAACAUAGCUUUUGAUGGUGUGAUUAGAAAGUACAAGAACGCACACGCAUUUUUGAAAAUAAGAGAGAGUUACGAUCCGACUGGUCUGUUUUCGACCGAAUGGACCAAUAAGAUCCUUGGUCUUAAAGGAAACGCAACGAUCAUAAAAGAUGGUUGUGCAUUGGAAGGCUUGUGUAUAUGUUCGGAGGAUGCUCAUUGUGCUCCAGCCAAAGGAUACUUGUGUCGACCGGGAAAAGUUUACAAAAUGGCUAGGGUUUGUACACGUGUCAGUGCCACUAAGUAA